GUUGCUCGGAGAUGGGGAAGGAGGGCUCCUGCACUAGGCGUCCAGGCAGAGACCCUUAAAGGAGUGGAAUUUCGAAAGGGGUCCAGCAUGGGGUUGUUGAGCAGGUACGGGGGCAAGGGCUAGGUGAGUGGGUGCCAUGGGUUGGGUUUUCUGGGUUAGAGUCGCGGUAGGAAGGAAGUUGAGGGGGUGGGAGGCAGAAAUCAAUGAGUACAGGUUAGGCUCCGAGAUUGUGGAGAGGUGACAUGGGAACCCAGAGUUUGGAUGUAGAAGACUCCCCCCCCCCCCCCCCCCGCCAAUAGGUGGACAGCCGUAGAACUCUUGAGAGAAUAUGACCUAAGGGACCCUUAAGACUUUUUUAGCGCCCCCCCCCCCCCGCACUCGGAGACGGAAAUGAGUAGUGUUUUAUCUCUGUGGGCGAUCCUUUCUCAAAUCCUUUAUUCUGCCCGCCUUUGUGAUGUGGGCUUGAGUCCUGGACACACUGAUCCAUGUCCUGAGGGUAACUAGAAAAAAACCAAUGGGAGGAUUCUUGGAAUCCUUCCGGUGGCGCGUGAAGCCUCCUCACAGUUCAGUCCUGUUCCUGAGAAUCCGUGACCCCCCUGCUUGUUAGCCAUCUUCACCCAGAAUGGACCGCAGUGGCCUCCUGCCCUUCCAGCUUUGGUGUCCGCGGCCUUUCGGCACCUACUCUCAGAACCAGCCCCGCCCGCCUUCCACUGGUCUCAAGCCGGCCGCCUGCCCGGAGCCCAGCAGUGUCCCCGAGCCUGACCAUGGGCCUGCACACUCAGAGAACACCCCGCCCGCCUUGGCCUCAGAGGCCCCCGCCUCCCAGCAUGCUCCGCUCCUUUCCGCAGCGGCUGCAGGCGACGAGGGCCGGGUCCUGCUGGACACGUGGUACGUCAUCAAGCCUGGCAAUACAAAGGAGAAAGUGGCUUUCUUUGUGGCCCAUCAGUGUGGAGGAGGCAGCCGGGCCAGCUCCAUGAAGGUCAAAGGGCACUGGGGCAGUGACAGCUCCAAGGCUAAGCGGAGGAGGCGCUGUCUGGAGCCCACCAAGGCUCCUCCAGAUCCAGGGGGCCAGGAGGGCUCCCUGGCUGCCGAGGGGGGCCCAGGCUCGGCCGGGGACGACGUGGACCUCCUCUCAGUGGCCGAGAUGGUGGCCCUGGUGGAACAGAGGGCCGCCCUAGCCCUGCAGACGUACCCACGGCCUGCUGCCCCGGCCCCUGUGGUUUUUGUGUCAGCCGAGCAGGGGGGUCCUGCCAAAGGGCUGGGGUCUGAGCGGCGGCCGGGUGGUGGCGGUAACAGUGACUGUAGCCGUGUGGCUGAGGCAGUGGCUCACUUUGAAGCCCAGCGAGACAGUCCUCCCACCAAGGGCCUCCGCAAGGAGGAACGGCCGGGGCCGGGGCCCGGGGAAGUACGGAUUGCCUUCCGGAUCUCCAAUGGCCGGGAGCCCCGGGCAGCUGAUGGCAGCUUGGCCAGCGCGGGCGGGGGCCGAGCUGGUUGUGCCUAUCCUGGUAGCCCAGGUCCUGGGGCUCGAGCCAAGGACAAGAUCACCUGUGACUUGUACCAGCUCAUCAGCCCCUCCAGGGAUGCCCUGCCCAGCAACGUGGAGUUCCUGCUGGCCAGGGCAGAUGAAGCUAGCGAGGGGGAGACCCCAACCCCUUCCAGGCCUGAUGACACCCCCCCGACACCCCCUCCUCCACCAGCCCGGGACUGCGGUGCUUCGGGCUUCCACGUGGAUGUGGUGGUGACAGGCGUGGUAGAUGAGUGCAUCUUCUUUGGCAAGGAUGGCACGAAAACUGUGAAGGAAGAGACAGUGUGCCUGACCGUCAGCCCGGAGGAGCCACCCCCACCGGGCCAGCUCUUCUUCCUCCAGUCGCGGGGGCCCGACGGGCCCCCUGAGCCACCCCCAACAGACACCUCAAACACGGUGACAGGCUCCGAUGACACCGAGGGUCCGGCAGACACGUCCCUCUGCCGCCUAUACCGGCACGUGUCGCACGAUUUCCUGGAGAUCCGGUUCAAGAUCCAGCGCCUGCUGGAGCCCCGACAGUACAUGCUGCUGCUGCCUGAGCAUGUCCUGGUCAAGAUCUUCAGCUACCUGCCCACCCGAGCCCUGGCCGCCCUCAAGUGCACCUGCCACCACUUCAAGGGCAUCAUUGAGGCUUUCGGCGUGCGCGCCACGGACUCUCUGUGGAGCCGGGACCCGCUUUACCGCGAUGACCCCUGCAAGCAGUGCCGCAAGAGGUACGAAAAGGGCGAUGUGUCGCUCUGCCGCUGGCACCCCAAGCCCUACCACCACGACCUGCCUUACGGACGUUCCUACUGGAUGUGCUGCCGCCGAGCUGACCGCGAGACGCCUGGCUGCCGCCUGGGCCUGCACGACAAUAACUGGGUCCUGCCCUGCCACGGGCCGGGCGGGGGCCGGGGGGGCCGGGAGGAGGGCAGGUGAAGCUGGGGAGGGCGGGGGUGCCCGCCAUGCCCACUCCUUCCCCUCUGACCUAGAAGCUGGGGAACCAAGACUGAGCCACCAGCCAACGCCCCCACGUCCAGGCAAUGUUGAUUUCCCACCCCACCAGCACAGAACUCUGAAAUCAGGUUUGGGGGUGAGCCGAAAAGAACCUUUUGGGAGACCCCGCUGGGGUUUUCUACUCUAUAGAGCAAUGGACUCUGACACAGGGUGGGCGGUUUUUUUUUUUGUUUGUUUGUUUUUUAAAG